AUGUCAGAAGAAGGAGAGCCAAAGAAGCCCACCUUUGAUUGGUUGCCUGAGGGCAUGGAACCGUUGGCCGAUGGAGAGUACGAUGCCAUUGUGAUGGGCACUGGAUUGAAGGAAUGCGUCAUUUCCGGUCUUCUCAGUGUCAAGGGAAAGCGCGUUUUGCAGAUGGAUAGAAAUGGAUACUACGGAGGAGACGGAGCCUCGUUGAACUUGUCCAAUCUUUUUGAAAAGUUCCAAGCCGGAGAAGCACCCUCCAAUUUGGGAGCCAACCGUGACUACAAUGUCGAUCUCAUCCCCAAAUUCAUCAUGGCAUGUGGAAACCUUACCAAAAUGCUUUUGCACACCAAAGUCACCCGCUACUUGGACUUUAAAUCCAUCGCUGGAUCUUAUGUCUACAAGGGAGGAAAAAUCCUCAAGGUCCCGGCUACCCCCGAGGAGGCUCUCAGAUCUCCUCUUAUGGGACUUUUUGAAAAGCGACGCUUCCGCAAAUUCUUGCUUUACGUGGAUCAAUACAAGGAGGACGAUCCCAAAACCUACGAGGAGCGGGAUUUGAAGACCAUGACAAUGAGACAAUUGUACGAGCAUUUUGGACUCCAACCCGACACCCAUCAGUUUAUUUCCCAUGCCAUGUGUCUUCAACUAGACGAAAAACACAUGGACUUGCCGGCUCUCCCCACCAUCAAGGAAUUGCAGGUCUACAUUUACUCCUUGUCGCGCUACGGUACUUCCCCUUACAUUUACCCUCUCUACGGUCUGGGAGGACUCCCAGAAGGGUUUUCUCGUAUUUGUGCCAUUCACGGAGGAACCUUCAUGCUCAACCAGGAUGUCGAUGAAAUUCUGUUCAAUGACAAGGGCGAAGCUUACGGUGUCAAGGCUGGAAACAUGAUGGCAAAAGCCGCCAUGGUCAUUGGAGAUCCUUCCUACUUUUCUUCGGACAAGAUCCGCCCCACUGGAUCCGUCGUUCGUUGCAUUUGUAUCUUGGAUCACCCUGUCCCCAACACGAACAAUGCCGAGUCGGUCCAAGUUGUCAUCCCCGGCCCUCAGGUCGGACGUGUCAAUGACGUCUUUGUCUGUGCUCUAGGACAUUCUCUUCAGGUUUCUGCCAAUGGAGUGUACAUUGCCAUUGUUUCCACCCUGGCAGAAAAGAGUGAACCCGAUGAAGAUGUCGCUCCUGGCUUGCAGAUGCUAGGACCCAUUCUCAAGCGAUUUACCUCGGUCACCACCACGUACGAACCAACUGGUGACGGUAGUGCCGACAAGUGCUUCAUCUCCAAGUCGUUUGAUGGAACAUCGCACUUUGAAGGAGAUUGCGAGGACCUUUUGUCUCUGCACAAGCGAAUCACUGGCGAAGACCUGGACAUGAACAUAAACGCCGACUCUGUCGAAGGAGAUUAUUAG